UAGGGGUUGGCUAGUCUGGUUCCCACUUUUUCAAGUGAUUGCAACGUAUUCUUGUGAAUUUAACAGGAAAGAAUGCAGCUAGUAUAAUUAUUUUAAGAAAUUCUGCACAUAAACAUGGAACAGUUUUAUCCAAAUGAAUGUGCCCUCUGUAAAGUCACCAACCCCCUAAUAAGAUGCAAAGCUUGUAAAAUGGUAUCUUACUGUGGACUACUCCACCAAAAACAGCACCGUCAAAAACACGGCCAGUUCUGCAAAACAGUAUCAGUCUUAAAUUUACUAAAUGGAGGAUUCCUCUUCAGUCAUCUUCGCGAUGUCGAGCUUUCCAAAUGGAACACCAAGAGAAGAGAAAUUCUUUCUGUGGUGCAGCAACUGCUGGGUCGACCUUGCAGUCCAAACGAGCGGCAAAUGUUUUUCUUCCCUCGAUUCUGUUUCGUCUGUUACGACACCAGACAUGACAACUUGACAAAUUGCCCCGGAUGUCCCAACGCCAGUUUUUGCAGAAAACAUCCUUCCAGUCCAGAGCAUGAUUCAGAUUGCUCCACGAUCAAUUACAUCCAUACACUUGAUCAGGAAUCAGUCGAACGCACAUCAAAGGACAUCUUAUCCAUCGUCGAAUUGGCUGUCGAAAAUACCAGAUUCAAUGAAUCAUCCAACUUCCCAGCAUCAAUGCAAGAAUUGAAAACCCAUUUGGAUCUGUGCAUCAAACCCGAAGUAAAAGUUCCCGAACAUCUGAAACUCUAUGCCUCGGAACAUAUGACAAAUGCAAUGACAGUCUUGAAUGGUUUGAGAAAACUGAACUAUCCUCCAGUUCCGGAACUGACUCUUCACGUCGGCGGCGCUAAUUUGACAGAGGAGUGCUCAAAAUCCUGGGAGCUGAUACUGCAUCUGCUACCGGAUUUGAUGACUCUGAAGAUUGUGAUCAUUGAAGGUCAGGAAGUUGUGAAACUGGACCAGAAACUCUGCGACGAAUGUCGCUCGAGGGAAAAGAAAUUGAUCGUGGAGUCCAACUGCAAGUCGAGAGUUUACAUCAAGUAUAUGAAAGAGAAGGACUAUCAGAAACCGGAUGUCCUGGUCGUUCUUAACCCCCAGCAUCCAGAGUUAAAUGAAGACAUGCUUGAGAAUUGGAAAAUUAUAUUGGAUCACUGGAAAGAACUGAAUUGUCCGAUUGUGAUAUCGGCUGUGGCGGAUAGGACGAGGGGGUUUUUAAGUGAAAGUUUGCGUUCGAGUUUUUGGGAUUCGUUGAUCAUCUAUGAUGGGAAGAAUAAUUUCCAUUCCUUGAGGCCUUGGAGGGAAUGGGCCAAUGGAAGAUACGGGUACUUGAAUCAAUUCAUGAUUGUCACAAAGGGUCGAGAUGCUCAGGAUUGCGAGGAAAAGAGAGUGGAAACGGAAACUCAGCAGGCGAUACCAGUAAAACUUUCCAAAUCUCAACGAAGAAGGGCAGCCAAGAAGGCGCAAAAAGAGAAGAGAGUUUUUGAAAAUACUGAGGGGAAAGUAGAAAAAUCGGAAAAUUUGGAAAAUUUGAAAUCACAUCCAAAAGCAGGAACAGAAAACCAGGAAUCUUUCGCAGAAAAAGUGGAAAUUGAACCGGAAACGGAAGCAGAAAUAUCGAAUGAAAAAUUGGAAUUAGAAUUAAAAUUUGCAGAAAAAAAUACGGGAUUGGAAGUGAAAAAAAUUGCCACCGAGAAUUUUAUUUCCAAAGAAGAAGAUAGUUCUUCGACUGAAAAAAGACUAAAAGAGUAUUUGGUAUUGAAAGAGGAAAAUAGAAUUUUGAAGAUGAAUUUUAGUCUUAAGGAGGAAAACAAGAAACUGGAGUUGGAAAAUCAAGAGCUUGAGAAGGAAAAUGAAAAGCUUGAAGAAGAAAAUCGCCUAAUUGAGGAAAUUCGACGACAAGUGAGAGAAAGUAUUUGGGCAGAGAUUAAGCCUAAAUAAUUAUUUUUUAUUUAGUAAUAACGUUCCGAUUUUAUUAUUUAUAUAAAAUAUAAUAUUAAUGCUCAGUAUUUUUUAAACUUUCUUUUUUAAAGUUUAAUUUUUUCGAAUGAUAAAUAUUUUUUUCUUUACAAAUGUAAGAAUGACAAAUUUAUGCUGGAUGGAUGGUUAAUAAAUUAAAAUUUUUAU